CGUAUAGUUUUAAGCAGGCCUUUCAUUAUAGCAUUUGUAUGAUAACAGUAAUCUAACAGCUGCUGGAAGGUGAAGCUGAAGGCUUUCCUCUCAGUGGUUCAGUUUGGAUCUAUCUGCAGGACUUCUGUCAGCUGUGUGCUGUUUGUUAGGCCAUGGGGAAAGGCUGCCGGGUCAGCAAGCUGUGCAUUCUGUCUGUGGUCUUAGCCCUGGUCUCAGUGGCCACCAUUGUCACGUUGUGGACCAUUGCCCUGACAGGUGACGUCACAGCUCCUUGGGACAGAUUUCGUCUUCCCACUGAUUUGGUCCCUGACUGCUACAACAUCACCCUGUGGCCUCGCCUCAGCCCUGAACCAAGUUCCGGCCUCUACAUUUUUACAGGCCAAUCCACUCUGAUAUUUAAGUGCGUGAGAGAAACUGAUCUGAUCCUGAUCCACUCCAACAAACUCAAGUACACUAAGCUGAACAACACACACAUUGCCAGGCUCAUCGCUUCAGGUGGUGGAUCUGCUCCCACAAUUAAAUCCUCCUGGCUGCAGUCUGAGACCCAGUAUCUGGUUAUCCAGCUGAAUAGUAAAUUAACUCAAGGACAGAAGUAUGAGCUGUACACAGAGUUCACUGGAGAACUAGCUGAUGACUUGGCAGGCUUUUACAGGAGUGAAUACGAGGAAGAUGGAGUCCGAAGGAUUGUUGCUACCUCUCAGAUGCAUCCAACUCAUGCCAGGAAGACCUUUCCUUGCUUUGAUGAGCCAGCUAUGAAAGCCGUUUUCGAUAUAACUCUCAUCCACCCCCCUGGAACUGUAGCUCUAUCCAAUGGCAUGGAAAAAGAUAUUGUUAACACCAGUAUCGAUGGAGUAGCUGUGACACAGACCAGGUUUGAACCAACCAAGAAAAUGUCCACCUAUUUACUGGCCAUCAUUGUAUCUGAGUACUCAAACAUCAGCGCUACACAAGGAGACACUCUGAUCCGUAUCUGGGCUCGCAGGACAGCCAUUGACCAGGGACAAGGAAACUACGCCCUCAAUGUGACUGGACCCGUACUGGACUUCUUCCAGAUGUACUAUAACAUCUCCUACCCUCUGAGCAAGUCAGACCAAAUUGCUCUGCCAGACUUCUUCUUUGGUGCAAUGGAGAAUUGGGGUCUGGUGACGUACAGAGAAACCAACCUUCUCUAUGACCCCAUGACCUCCUCCAACAGAAAUAAAGAGACCACUGCCACCAUCAUUGCUCAUGAGCUAGCACACAUGUGGUUUGGAAACCUGGUGACUCUGCGCUGGUGGAAUGAGGUCUGGCUGAAUGAGGGCUUUGCUUCAUAUGUGUCUUACCUGGGAGCAGACCACGCUGAGCCCAGCUGGAACAUGAAAGACUUGAUAGUACUUGAUGACAUCCACAGGGUGUUUGCAGUCGAUGCUUUGGCCUCCUCUCAUCCUCUGUCAUCUAAAGAAGACAGUAUCAUCCUGCCAGACCAGAUCACUGAGCAGUUUGAUGCCAUCUCAUACAGCAAGGGUGCAGCUGUGUUGAGGAUGCUGUCUGAUUUCCUCUCGGAGCGUGUCUUUGUCCAGGGACUCAGUAGUUACCUCAAUCACUUUGCCUACAACAACACAGUGGGGAAUGACUUAUGGCACCAUCUACAGAUGGCGGUGAAAGCCAAUAAUGUGUCACUUCCUCGCUCAGUUUGUGAAAUCAUGAACCACUGGGUGCUUCAGAUGGGCUUCCCUGUGGUUACUGUGAAUACUGCUACAGGGAAGGUAUCCCAGAAGCACUUUCUACUGGAUCCAGAGUCUGAAGUCGCAGUUGAAUCACCUUAUAACUAUAAGUGGGUGAUUCCUGUCAGGUGGAGGAAGUCUGGUGAGGUCCAGAGAGAUAUUUGGUGGCUGAUGGAAAAGGAAGUUAUAAACUUGGAGAUGAAGAGCGGUGAUUUGUGGGUUCUGGCCAACAUCAAUGUAACUGGAUAUUACCGGGUAAACUAUGACCUUGGAAACUGGGAUAGCCUCCUUGCUCAACUUCACUCAGGGCACCAGGUUAUACCAGUGAUAAACAGAGCCCAGCUUGUGGAUGAUGCUUUCAAUUUGGCCAGGGCUCAGCUAGUCCCCACUACUCUUGCUCUGAGGACAACUUCUUAUCUGUCUGCAGAGACAGAAUACAUGCCCUGGCAGUCUGCUCUGGAUAAUCUGAAUUAUUACUACCUCAUGCUGGACUGUACUGAAGUUUAUCAGCCUAUGCAGGACUACAUAAAGAAGCUGGUAACGCCCCUCUUCCUGCACUUCAAGAGCAUGACAUCAAAUUGGACCAAUGUUCCUUACGGACACACUGAUCAGUAUAACCAGGUGAAUGCCAUCCGAAUGGCCUGCAGCACUGGAGUAACAGAAUGCCAGAACCUGACCAACACAUGGUUUGAGCAAUGGAUGGACAGCCCUCAACGGAAUUUGAUCCAUCCCAACCUGCGUUCAGCAGUAUACUGCAGUGCCAUGGCGGCAGGAGAUAAGGCAGAAUGGGAUUUUGGAUGGGAACAGUUCAAGAAUGCUGCUGUAGCCAGUGAAGCCAGCAAACUCAUGUCUGCACUGGCCUGUACCACCAAAACACAACUGCUGGAAAGGUAUCUGUCUUACACCCUAAACUCAACUUUAAUCCGUAAGCAGGACGCCACCUCUGUCAUCACAGCUGUUGCCAGCAACAGAGUGGGACAGACCCUGGCAUGGGACUUUGUCAGGAAAGAGUGGGAAUACAUGUUUACACAAUAUGGUGUGGGCUCUUUCUCCUUUGCCUCUAUGAUCAGUGGAGUCACAGCAAGGUUCUCUACGCUUGAUGAUCUACAACAGCUGGAGCAGUUUGUGGAGGAGCAUAAAGCAGCAGGGUUCGGCUCUGCCACGCUUGCUGUGAAGCAGGCCUUGGAGAAAACCAAAGCUAACAUCAAGUGGCUGGAACGGAACAAGAAUGAGGUGUUGGACUGGUUCAACAGUCAGACUUGACAUCAUAGUCGCUAAGAGUGAGAGAGAGACCUGAAAGCUAUAAUGUUAUAUUUUUCUCCUCUACAUAAAGGACCAGUAAAGGACCCAGUUAUAAGGUGUUAGUACCACAGUAAUGCUCAUUCUCUUUUAAUGACACAGUGAAUAUGGUGUAUUCUUAUGUAACAAAACACAAAACAAGUUUUAAUAGUGUCCAAAUAACUCAGAUUUAAAGGUCCAGUGUUUAGGAUUUUGCAGAUUGCAACCCCUUUGUUUCACCCCCUCUUCCAAGCACGAAGGAAAACUACGGUGGCCACGAAACGUGCGAAAAAUGCAAAUGACCCUAUCUGGUGCCAGUGUUUCGGUCGUCCCUCCUGGGUUACUGUAGAAAUGUGGAGGUUCAACAUGGUGGUCCCCAUAUAAAAGGAGAUAAAAACGACCAUUAAGUCUUUAUAAAUAAUGUUAUAAGGAGUUCGGUCUAGACCUGCUCUAUUUGAAAAGUGUCCUGAGAUAACUUCUGUUAUAAAUUUGCUCUAUACAAAUAAAAUUUAAUUGAAAAUUUAA